AUAUAGCACCAAAAUAGGUUCUCAUAUUGUUAUAAUGUCAACAUUGUCACAGCAGCAGAACCCUUUUUGGUGCCCUAUAGAACCAUUUUCAAAGAGGUUCCGUAUUGAACAACACAUUCAGGACCACUUUACCAUGCCAAGAACCAUUUCACCAUGCAGUGUUUCUACACAGAACUCGUGGUUCUAAACAGAGAGGAAAUCAGAACCAUCUUUUUGAAGUAUCUAUAUAUAUACACACUUUUUCCCUCGGUGCUCUGGGCUUAUCGCCUCCUGCGCCCUGAUUGGCUCGCUCCGUCUCGCUGGAUCCUCCGAGCCAAUCCCGGUGCGGGGGGCGGGGUUCUCUCGGAAUACGGGUGGUAAAAACAACAAAAAAACUCUCCGCGAUGUUAAUAAGGGGUAUUAAAACGUCGUAGAGAGCGGCGAUAAAAGCGCGACCCCGAGCUUCUCUCCGCUUCUCCCUCACGGCUCCUCUGUGUUUCAGAGCUACGAUGCUGGGACUCUGCGUGAUAAUGGCAGUGCUGGCCCGCGCCGUCGCGCAGGACGCGGAGGAACCUGUCUCCUACACGUGCACGGACGGCUACGAGUACGACCCCGUCAGACAAGUGUGCAAAGACAUUGACGAGUGUGCCAUUGUGGCCGACGCCUGCAAAGGGGGUAUGAAGUGUGUGAACCACUUCGGCGGCUACCUCUGCCUGCCCCAGAACGCGCAGAUCUUCGUGAGCAGUGGUGAUGAGCCCUCUCAGCCCGCUGAGCCCAGCGCACCCGCCAACCCUCCCCCACAGAGCCCGGGCCAGGGCCAGGUUCCGACAGGCCGGACUCAGGGUGCCAGUCGCAGGGUGCCGUCUUCUAGGAUUCUCCGCUGCACGUCUGGCUUCACCCUGGACGAGCAGAACUACUGCAGAGAUAUAGAUGAGUGCACGACAGGAAGGCACACGUGCAGUGCGGAUCAAAUCUGCUAUAACACCCGAGGCUCCUUUCUUUGCCAGUGUCAGCCGGGCUACCAGAAGAACGGUGACCAGUGUGUAGAUAGAGACGAGUGUCUCCUGUCUCACUACUGCAUGCACAGAUGCGUGAACACGCCCGGUUCGUACUACUGCGAGUGUAACAGCGGCUACCAGCUUGCCAGCAACAACCACAGCUGUGUGGAUGUGAACGAGUGUCAGGUCAGUCAGCCGUGCGAGCAUCAGUGCCACAACCUCAUUGGCUCAUUCAUCUGCCAGUGUAACCGGGGCUUUGAGCUGGCUCCGGACUCCGUCUCCUGCAUAGACAUCGACGAGUGCGCCUACUCUCCCUACAUGUGCCAGUACGCGUGCAUCAACACCCCGGGCGAAUAUUCCUGCACCUGCCCCGAUGGAUACCAGCUCCAGGGAACAAGAAUGUGUCAAGACAUUAACGAGUGUGAAACAGGCCAUGAAUGCACCGAGGAGGAGAUGUGCUGGAACUACUUUGGAGGCUACCGGUGCUACCCCCGAAAUCCCUGCCCGGAGCCUUAUGUGCGCACGACGGAAAACCGAUGUGUCUGCCAGCCCACCGCUGCAUGUCGCGGCAUUCCACAGUCCAUCGUUUAUAAGUACAUGAGCAUUCACUCGGAUCGCACCGUACCAGCAGACAUCUUCCAGAUCCAAGCCACCAACAUCUACCCCAACACGCACAACACCUUCAGGAUCAGAGCCGGCAACGAAGGAGGGGAGUUCUUCCUGAGGCGUUCCAGCAACGUCAGUGCAAUGCUGGUGCUGACCAAGUCCCUAGAGGGCCCUCUGGAGCUGAUCGUCGAUCUCGAGAUGAUCACUCACCACACCGUCACAAACUAUCGCACCAGCUCAUUAUUACGGCUCACCAUCAUCGUAGGACCGUACGCCUUCUAAUGGUCACCAUAACCGCCGCUUCACAUGUUUAAACAUAUCCAGUACGCUACAAUCUAGCUCCCCACUGCAACAAUGGCUAGACAUUACAAACUGCUUCAUCGGGUGCGGGUUGAGAGUCUUUACGGUGUUAAUGCUGAAAUCCAAAGACAGCUGUAGUUGACCCCUCAGCUAUCUUUUGGAACAGCUUAAAAAGUAUGUUGAUCUGAAAGCGGCCCACAACCCUGUAGAAGUUAGAAAGCUAACCAAAAAAAGUCUUAGAAACUUCCAUAGUCUUAACGGUGGAAGUGCAUGUUUGACAGGUCCAGGACAGGAUAAGUAUGUUAUGAACUUCUGUUAAAGAAUGUAAGGUAGUGUCUCCACGGCGACAGGGAUUGAGCUGCAGUUGAGACCCAGCAGCAAGGUAUAACCAUCAAAUGGUGUAGUUGCUUGUUUCCUCAUUGAAGUUAAUGCAGAUAAAUUGUGCAGGUUAAAAGAACUUUUUUUAGGUUUUACAUUUUACGCAAUUGACUUAUUGGUGAUAAAAACAACACCAGUAGUUGUUUGGCUAUUCGUAUCAAAAACUGGCACCAAAUCUCCUGCUUCGUAUGUAGUUUGAGCUAUCAGUAAGUAGGAAAUGAAUAAAUAUGAAAUAAUUAGCAAAUCCAUGGAUAUCUUCUUUUAAAAGGCGGUUGAACGGUUUGAAAAAUUGGUGGAGUCAUCAAACCAGCCAUUCAGAGUGGUUUGACGUGCAGUGGUUCACGGUGGGGAAGCUUUCUGCUUUCUUCACAGUGGUGAUAGAAAACGGGUCAAAAUAUUGACACAAGUUUAUUUUAUUUACCAUCGAAAACCACCAGUGAACCUACAUAAGUGUUCAUAUGGAAUGUUGAGGAUGGAAAAAUGUUAAAUCUGGAAAAACAAGUUUUCCUUGGGUACUAUUUUGCCUCAUAGCACCCUUCCCACCAUAAAUGGAGGCCCGAAUCUUGUCUCAAAACUAUCGUGAAAGGCAUCAGACAGCACCUUAGUUACCAUUUCAUUCAAUGCCUUUCUGUGAGGGAGCUUUUAGAGGUGGACGUCUGGUUCCUAUCACCACCAGUGUGAACAGUUCGUACUCUAGAAAGACGCAUUUCACAUGAAACCACUCUGAAUGACUUUCUUUACAUCUUACAGAUGGAAUUAUCCAGAAACGCUGGAAUUUCCUUGUAAUUUCACCCUAUUUACUCAUAGCUCACUGGACUUAAGAGGGGGGGAGUAACUCUUCAGUGCCCCCUGUCCGUUCCAAUGUCUUCUCCCCCCUCACCAUUGAGCAAGGCGUUGUCAGGCAUCAGGAUUAAUAAGGUGAAGUCAUGUUUGAUGGGGGACGAACUGCUAUGUGUUGAGGUAUUUUCAAAUCUACACAAGCGCUUGAUGAAAGAGUUAGCCGGAGCUGUUUAUGUGCUUGGAUGAUGCCACUUUAAUAAAGCCAGAUUAGUUUCCUAUUCAUUUGAACGCCGCUCUUUAACUACUCUCAGUGGCAAACAGGCAACAGAACAAAAA